CUUAACCACGAGUGCUGUUUUCGGCUAGUGAACGGCAGCAACAGGGAAACAAGGAAGAAGCAAACAAAGCAAGAAAAGAGAAGAAAAAUUGGAGAAAAUGUCAAAGCAUCAGAUGCUGUCCAAACCACUGUCCAGCCUCAUCUGGAUUAUCUUUCUCAUGGCGUCUGUCCUACCUGGACAGGGCAGCAGGAUCCUGGUGCUCCCCGUGGACGGCAGCCACUGGGUGAACAUGGAGGUGCUUGUCAAGCAGUUGCACGCCCGCGGCCACCAGAUCACCGUGGUGCGCUCGCCCGAGAGCUGGUUCAUCAAGGAGCGCUCGCCUUACUACACCUCCCUCACCGUGCCGCUUCCCCAAGACAAGGAGAUCGGCCUGGAUCUGUUCGAGCAGUCGGCCCAGCGUAUCCUGGAGGGGCGGCUGCAGGGGUCGCUGAUGGGCGCGCUGGUGCAGGUGACCGAGCUCAUGAGCAUCCUGCACGUGGCCCACCGGGCCACCUGUGCCACCGUCUCCGUCAUGCUGGACGACCGGCGCCUCGUGCAGGAGCUGCGGGCAGCCCAGUUCGACCUGAUGCUCACAGACCCGGCCAUGCCAGCUGGGGUUAUCCUCGGGCACUACCUUCGCCUGCCCAUGGUGUACAACGUGCGCUGGAUGAGCUUUGGGGAGGGGCACUUUUCCAUCGCGCCGUCGCCGAUUUCGUAUGUGCCUGUACCCGGCUCAGGGCUCAGUGACCGCAUGGGCUUCCUUCCCAGGGCCCGGAACAUGUUCCACUAUGCUCUGAACCUGAUGCAGGAGAGAUGGCUUGUGGUGCCCAUCUACAGGGAGCUGAUUGAGAAGCACUUCCCGCCUGGCACCGACCUCCUCAGCAUGCAGCUGACUGCCGACGUGUGGCUGAUGCGGGUGGAUUUUGUGUUCGAGUUCCCCAGACCCUCCAUGCCCAACCUGGUCUACAUGGGCGGUUUCCAGUGCCGUCCGGCCAAGCCGCUGCCGGGAGACCUGGAGGCUUUUGUCCAGAGCUCGGGGGAGCACGGGGUCGUGGUCAUGUCCCUUGGCACGCUGAUCAGCGCCCUGCCCCGGGAGAUCACGGAGAUCAUCGCUUCUGCUUUCGCUCGCCUGCCGCAGAAGGUGAUCUGGAGGUUCACCGGCACCAAGCCUCGGUCGCUGGGCAACAACACCCUGCUGCUGAAGUGGCUCCCACAGAAUGACCUGUUGGGCCACCCCAAGACCCGGGCGUUCGUCGCCCAUGGCGGCACCAACGGCCUCUACGAGGCCAUCUACCACGCUGUGCCCGUGCUCGGUGUGCCACUCCUAUUCGACCAGACAGACAAUCUGGUGCGUCUGCAGGCCCGAGGGGCAGCACGGAUGGUGGACAUGGCCUCACUCACCAUGGAGCUGUUCUUGAAGGCGCUGAAGGACGUCCUCCUCAACCCCACUUACCGCAUCAACAUGCAAAGGCUGUCCAGCCUGCACCGCGACCAGCCCAUCCACCCCCUGGACAAAGCCAUCUUCUGGAUUGAGUAUGUGCUCCGGAACAAAGGAGCGCCUCACCUCCGCUCAGAGGCCAGCACCCUGCCUUGGUACUCCUACUACACUUUGGAUGUGCUUGCUCUCCUGCUCGGGGUGCCUUUUGGGCUUCUGUGUGUCGGCAUCUUUCUGAUUAGAGCUGCGGUGCUCCGUAAAGCCAAGGGAGCGGUGCAGACGCAGUCCAAGGAGGUGCCCCAAGUCAGUGCUAUGACUCUCAAAGCAAGCUCUAAGGAAGUGCUUCAGACAAAACCCAAGAAGCUUCAGCAAACACAUUCUAAAGAUAACACAAAGUCAAAAUCAGAGAGGAAGAAAGCAGUGUGAUUUCGGUUCAAAAUGAAUGUGUGAAAUGUGAAUUCAUUAUAUGUACAUCUUUUAAGGAUUCAUUUAGUUCUGUGGUGCAGGUAAGAACAAUUACUUUUACAUACAGCAAACCUUAGAGCACUGGAAAUGCUCCAGUCAUACAAAGCUCUGUUUACAAUGCAGGCUGCAAGGCAGGUUAAUGCAAGUGGUACAGUAAGUGGUUUGCAUGGGGACUGCCAUAACAUCACGGCUUAAUGACUGGGUAUUUUAUGAGCAUGAUCAUUUUAUCUAUAAAGCAAGGAUUGUCAGUAAACCGUAGGUUGUUGCAGAUAGUUGCAUUAUCUUAUCACCCAUGUGUAAAAACAUGAUUGUUCCUUUCAUCCAGAUCCAGUUGGUUACCUAUGGUUUCAGUUUAUUAACAUAUUUCAUUUUCCAGCAAAUCCAAUAUUUUGUUUUAACGGAUCUGAAAUAUUUAAC